UUUAAAUAUUGGAGAAAAGUUACAUGAGAAGAAGUAUUUUUCGAUGUAAAGCAUUCGCUUUAAAAAUAAAAAUUGUGAACAGAAUAAUGUGAAACCAAUCAAAUUAGUUUUUAUAAAAUCAAUUUAAUUGAAAUUUGUUAUUAAAAAAAACAUAUCAACAUCAUGUAUAAAAACAUUAGUUAAAACAUCUUUAAAAAUUAUUAUUGAAGAUCUUGCACUAAUCAAUAUUUAAAUUUAAAACACAAUCACGAACACGCUUGAAGAGUAACAAUCUUGCCCAAAAUUUUCAAUUGGCUGUAUAAGAAAAAAUUAAAUUUUUAUAUUUAAAUAAAACAUUUAUUAAAUUAAGUAUAACAAGAUAAAAAGAUAAAAUUUUGUGUUUAUUAAUUAUAACAAACAAUAAGAAUACAAGUUAUAAGCAUGGAUUAUGAAGAUGAUUUCUUUUUCGAAGAGGAUAAGAUUUUAAUGGAUCAAACAUUAUUAUCUACAGAUAAUAUUUCUUUGAAAAAUAUUGAAGAAUGUAAAGAAAAUUCUGUUCCUUUAACCACCGUGUCAUUGGCUAAUGUUCAAUUGCAACAAUUUAUCACAAUGGAAGAUCGCAUACCAGAUGUAGAACUGGUCAAUCAAGAUCAGUCUCUUCAUCAUUUAUCUAAUAAUACGACGGGUAUGACUAUAACUUCUGGCAAUGUUGUAAUACAAAAAGAUAGCAGUAAUCUUAUAGGCAUUAGUAUUGGAGGAGGAGCACCCUUAUGUCCCUGCUUAUAUAUUGUACAAAUUUUUGAUAAUACACCAGCAGCAAUAGAUGGUACUUUACAAUCUGGAGAUGAACUUGUAGCAGUAAAUGGAACAUCAGUCAGAGGAAAAACAAAAGUAGAAGUUGCAAAAAUGAUACAAUCUUGUGAUUCUCAAGUCAGUAUUAAUUAUAAUAAAUUACAUGCUGAUCCUAAACAAGGUCGUACUCUUGAUAUUGCUUUGAAAAAGGUAAAACAUAGAUUAGUUGAAGGAAUGGGAAGCGCAACAGCAGAUGCGCUAGGAUUAUCGCGUGCCAUUCUUUGUAAUGAUGCUCUUGUACAACGAUUAAUGGCAUUACAGCGUACAGAGAAUUUGUAUAGAGGUUUAGUUUCUCAUGCUAAAGCUACUUUGCAUGCUUUUUUUGAUCUGAUACAAAUAUAUAAAGUAUUUGGAGAUGCCUUUGCUGCAAUAGGAGUAAGAGAACCACAACCACGAGCUAGUGAAGCUUUCAGACAAUUUGGUGAACAACAUAGACAAAUGGAAAAAUUUGGAAUAACAAUUUUAAAAACUUUAAAGCCUAUAUUAAAUGAUCUAGGCACAUAUCUUCAUAAAGCUAUUCCUGAUACUCGAUUAACUAUUAGCAAAUAUGCUGAUGCAAAGUUUGAAUAUCUUUCUUAUUGUUUAAAAGUAAAAGAAUUAGAUGAUGAAGAACAAAGUUAUGCAGCAUUACAAGAACCUCUUUAUCGAGUAGAGACAGGAAAUUAUGAAUAUCGUUUAGUAUUGAGAUGUCGACAAGAAGCUCGUGCAAAAUUUGCUAAACUUAGAUCAGAUGUGCUUGUAAAACUUGAAUUAUUAGACAAUAAACACGUUCAAGAUGUUGUAUGGCAAAUGCAAAAAUUUGCAACUGGUUUAGCAAAAUAUUAUUCUAACAUACGAGACUUAUUAUCUGCAGUAAUGUUAUUUCCUGUUGAAGUUGAUUUAUCACAUUCAGCAUUUCAAUAUAAAUCCACUGGUCCUCAAGUAAUAACUGAUGGAGAAGAUAUAGAUGAAUUUGAAUCAGAAGAAAAAACAAAUAUAAAUGAAGAUUUACUCAUAGAUACACAGAACUUUUCAUUUGUAACUUCAGAAUCUAAUAAUAUGUAGCAAUAUGUUUCUUUUGCAAAAGAUUUUAAUUAUUAUGCUUUUUUAUUAAAAUUUAAUCAAAUGAUAUUACAGUGAAAUUUUUCCAUAUUAUUUUUAAUGAAAUUUUAUAUUCUUCAUAUUUUAUUAUUUUCCAUAGUAUAA